AUGGCACAGACAACGGAUAACAAGGAGAACCUGGUGAAUAUGGGGUUGUCAAGGAUAACAAUUCCAGAAUACCAUGUCGAGGAUCCUUUUGAACAUUAUGAAGAUAAUAUAAAGUUUAUUUUAGAUGCUAAAGGACUACCGAGAUCUGAAGAACUGAUAAAAAAACUGUUUCUGGCCUACUCCGGGAUACGAUGUGUAUCAAAGAUCCAAAAUUUACUUUACCCAGAAUCUAUCGAAACCGCUUCCUGGCAAACUAUACGAAAUUUGGCUAUACGCGUUUUUCAGCCAUCAAAAUCUAUUUUCUCGGCUCGGAUAGAUUUUAUCCGCAUGACACGUCAAACAAACGAAUCGGUGUUGCAAUUUUUAGAAAAAGUUAAAAAUGGAGCCCACCUAGCAAAUUUCAAGACGGAUGUUGAAGAACGGAUACGGGAUCAAUUAAUAGCUGGUCUAAAUAUAAAUGAGCUGGAUCAUACCUUACGGAUACGUUUUCCGAAUGCGAUGUCAGAGGGGUUACCACUACCCCUCAAAACGGUCGUUGAGAUGGCGCUAUCCUAUGAGCAAACGGAACGGGAAGUAGAGCUAACGAAGGUGGUAAAUAAAAUACGUAAACCGGUAAAUACUAAUAAAGGGGAUGGUGGGAAGCAUAAUACUUAUUAUAGUUCGGUCGGGCAUGGAGGACAAGGGCGGAACGCAAGUCAGCAAUCGUACGCAAUG